UCCCCAUAGAUCAUUUGGAAUGGUGAAAAACAGCAGCAACAGCAACAACAGCAGUAACAACAGCAAAUACAUCAUCGUCGCUGUUCAUCGUUGGUUUUGUAUGUGGCGACCUCUGAAACACUUAUUGACAUUUAUCUUGAAUGAGAGAUGAAUAUUCAAUUUAUCUCAUGUUCAAUUUCUAUAGGCACACACUACCACACCAAAUUCAUCACACACUUUUCAUUCUUAUAUUCUCUUUUAUUUUUUGUGUAAAUAUAAUUUUUCGGUGUCCACAUCAUUUUUGAGGAUUUUUUUUUCAUCGAAAAACAAAAAGAAAUACGUAGCCAAUGACGAUUUUUUUUUCUGUAGACUAAAUAAUCUUUUUUGUUGUCAUUUUCUUUGAUUCAGUUUGUCGGUUUUGUCCAUUACUGAUUAUCAUAUCAAUUUAGUUUUCAAUUGUUUAUUGUGUCUUCUUUCAUCUUACACACAAUAUUACCAAUGUGCUUACUGUGCCAGUCGAACCAUAUUCUGAUACGAUUUAUAAAUCAACGACUCUAGAUAAAAUAAAAUUAUCACAUCGUUCGUAUGUGCAUUACGAAUUUAAAUCUUUGUUUGCUCUGUUCAAGUCCCACACUUUGGUUCGGAGUCUCGUUGUGUGUUUUGUGCAUUUUUCGCUGUCAUUCAAAAUAAAAAAAAACCAGCGACACGAUUAAACAUUUAUUUGAUGUGCACUUUUUUUUCGACGGAUCGACACAUUUUUGAAGUUUUGCUUUAUGUGAGGCGUGAUUGUUUUUAGGUGAAACAGAAAAUGUGGCAGUGCCAUAAAUGUUCAAAGCCAGUAUAUUUCGCUGAAAGAAAACAAUCACUGGGCUAUGAUUGGCAUCCGGAAUGUUUGCGAUGUGAAGAAUGUGGAAAGAGACUGAAUCCCGGUCAACAUGCGGAGCACAAGGGAAUUCCAUAUUGUCAUGUACCUUGUUAUGGUGCUUUGUUCGGGCCGCAAUUAUUCGGCCAUGGCACAAGAGUUGAGUCACACAAAAGUUUCGGAGCCAAAGGUUUGACACCGAAAGCUGUCAACAGUGGCCAAAUGCCAUUCCCUCGCGAACAAAUCGAAGCGAAACUAAAGCAGUACAAUCAAUACUUUGACAAUAAGAGUCAUGAAAUACGGAGCCGUGAGGUGAACGGUCGACUUAUUCUUGAAGGUGCAUUGCGCGUCUAUUGGGGUGUACAAAAUAUGAUCCAUCUGAAGGAGGACGAUGAUCAACGCACCGUGGUCACCGUUCGCAAACGGAAUUCGUGCCGCUAUUCAAAUUCAACCGAUUUCAGUUCGGAGAAAAGUUUACUAGUUCAUGGUGCAUCAGUGAAAGAGAAUCUCGAUGUAAACGAAUCAGGUGAUGUGAGCACAUCAAGUUUAGUUGAUGGCGGCGACACAACCGACAUUUCAAUGACUGAGAGCAUUUCGUUCGAUACAUGUAGUUUUAAUGAAGACAUUAAUUCGUUGACGUCUGGCCCGUCUUCCAAAGAAGUCUCACCGGACCAUCGUUACACAACACUGCCCACGAAAUUGGACGGUAAAGUUGUGGAACGUGAUGAGCUUGAUGAAUUGCUACAGGUUGAACGUCACGUUAAUAGCAAUGAAAAAAUGUAUCAAACGUUGCCAUCACCAGCAUCAUCACAGUCAAGCCCCGAGAAACAGUCAUCGAUUCAGUCAAACGUUGCGUGUGUAUCGUCAUCAACUCAACCGGAUGAUUUAUCGAAAAGUGAAUCGAAUGACAUUUCAAAAACCGAAACCGACUACAAAUCCGCUGAGACUACACGUUCAAUCACUACCGACAAUAGCACUUUAACGAAUAAAUCGAACGAUGAUGAGUUUUAUACACCAAUGAACACAUUGAAACCGGUCGAUUUUGAUGAUUUCAAGCGUCAAAUUCGCGAAGAAUUUAUUCAAAAUUCGAGUGAAUUGCAGCAUUCAAAUGAUGAUACGCUUAAAUCGAGACAACCGAUUGAUCCGUCGCGCAUCAACGAUUCACUUAAGCUAUACAGUGAGAAUAUAAUGAGUAAAAGCUUUAGCGGUGAAGCAGCAUUUAGAGAAGUGCCAUCAUCUAUUCAAUAUCAAACAUUGAAUAACAAUAAGAGUGAUUCGUCGAAUUCCACGAAUUAUGCGCUGAAAAAAUCAGGUUCGACGGCUGUGUCUUCCUCGUCCGAUCUGAGUGCUUCCACGGAUAAUGGCAUCAAUCGGUCAAGAUCGGGACCGAAUUGGUAUCGAAAUCAACAUUUAAACGAUAAUGACAGCGAUGACAGUUCAGCCACACUGAAACCGGCCACAAUCCACAAACGAUCGAUCCACAUUAAGAUGGAUUGUUAUGAUGAGAUUCGAAAUGGGGUGAGCAGCACCACCAGCGAAGCAUCAACCACCACUUUAAACACGCCGACAUCUCCACUCGACGAUGAUCUGGACGAUGAUUUGAAUGAAUGCGUUGUUGUUCUACGAAAACCGAAAACCGGCUCAACUGCAAUCAAAAGACGAUCGGGAAAUCGAAGGGCACGUGCCAAACUGAAGCGUCGCUGCUCAAUUAAUGGUCAUUUUUACAAUCGUGAAACGUCCUUCUUCACACCGCCGCACGGUUCACAGAUGAGCGUAUGGGUAACGUCGUUGGUUAGCACACAAGAGGCGGUGAAUUUGUUGCUCGAAAAAUAUAAAGUGGAUAAUCGACCGGAGAAUUUUGCAUUAUUCAUAAUUCGAGACAACGGUGAACAACGUCGUUUGAAAGAUGACGACUAUCCAUUGUUGGUGCGAACAAUGCUCGGACCGCACGAAGAUGUGGCUCGGCUAUUUUUAACCGAUGCUCACAACACAUCUGAAAUUAGCUGUGAAGUUGCUCAAUUUAUCAACUUGUCGAUCCAAGAAUGUCGCUCCAUCCUAGAUCGUUAUAACGAGGAGCAGGCAAGGGAAGUUCAAAAAAUCAAAGAAAAAUACGCUGACUUGCGCCAAAGAAUAAUUCAACGUAUGGAAUCGCUCAAAGUCCGUUUGUAAAGAAUGCUCGAUUCGCUUAACUAAACAAACCGAACAAAAAAAAUGAAGCAGAAAAAUUAUACAGAUUUUAUUGCCUGGAUGAAUAGACUAGAUGUUGUUUAUGUCUGCCAUCCAUGUUAUAAUAAAUUUAUUAAGUACGUAACUAAUUUCUAGUCUAAGCUAAUUUUUAACGAAUAGUCAAAGGAACAAAGGGAUAACUAAAAUUGAAUAUAUAAAAAUAAUCGCAAUUAUAACAAAACAAAAAAAAAUUCAUAUCGAACGAAAGCAAAUAAACAGUAACAAUAACGAUUCGAAAAAGAAGAGAAACAAGUCCAAAUGAGAGUCAAUCGAAUGUGCCGGAGCCUCCGAACGACAAAAACGUUCGUUCAAUUGUAAAAAAAAACAUAAAUAAAUACAAUUCCAAUAACUUCGUUGGCAGCACAAAUGAACGAUUAAGUCUAUUUUAACAUUAGUAAAUUUUAAAAUAAAUGCAAAAUGUUUAAAAUAAUCCGAAA